AUGGAAAAGAAUAAUAGUAUUAGUAGUAAUAGUAGUAGUGAGAGUUCUGAUCAGACAACUCCUCCACCACCAACAACUCAUCAAAGAACUAGAAGAGCGUAUAAAUCCAGGAGUAAAGUGGUGGUCGCUGCCAACUCAGAUUCAACUGAUGGCAGUAGUAGUGCCAAUGCGACCACAACAACAACCGAGGACGAGGAGGACGAUGAAUACGAAUCAACAAAGGGAGAGGAUGAGGAAGAGGAUGAGGAGGAUGAGAUCACCUCUCCAAUGUCACCAUCGGAAAUCAAACAUUACCUCUCCGAUACCGAACCAGAGAUCAAUCCUUUAACUGGAGACCUUGAGGAUGAGGACCACGAAGUUCCUCUAAUCAGCAUGUUCCAGCGGUUCCUUAAUAGAGAGGCAAUCAAGAGCUUGAAGCAUAGACAUUCACAACUCAAUACCAAGUUGAUCCGAUUGAGGAGGAAGGUAGUGGACAAUGUCAACCUCAAGGAGAAAGGCCAGAGACUAAAGAGAGAGAAGGAUAAGAUCAAGGAGCUGAUAAAGCUCAAGAAGAGUGAGUUCAAUGACAAGAUGAAUGCGCCACCAUUCCUACGUCUGAUGGACAAAGUGGCUUUCACUUUGGGACUGAUCGUUUUGUUCACUUCAGAGUUUGUACUGAUACGUGCACCUCAGUACAUGUAUCUAUUGUACACUGCACUGGUGAUACCAUUGAUGGUACUACGAUUCUUUGACUACCACCGCUCAAAGUACCAUUACUUCAUGUUGGACUUUUGUUACCUAUGCAACUUCCUCUUGCUAUUCUACAUGUUUGGACAUCAGUUAUUGCUCGGACCUCUAUCCACGCCGUCAUUCUUCAAACUGGUGUUUGCGCUGACCAAUGGGCCAUUGGCAUGGGGCUGCAUUGUUUGGCGUAACAGUAUGGUGUUCCACGACGUUGACAAGCUCACAUCUGUGUUCAUUCAUCUCUGUCCUCCUAUCGUGACAUAUUGUCUGCGCUGGUACCCAAUCGACUUCCCACUGGAUAAUGCCUGUGGCGGACAACCCUGUACACUCUCAUUCAAAGAUACAUUCGUCAUUCCCAUCGCCCUAUACGUUCUCUGGCAAGUCUUUUACUUUGCAAAGACGGAAAUCAUCGAUGAGACCAAGCUGGCCAACGAUCAAGACAUCAUGACGUCCUCUAGAUGGAUGUCUGUCAGACAGCCACAUCCAAUUUACAAGAUGUUAUUAGCCAAGAACAUCAAUGUCUCGCCAGGUGCAGUACUCAUGGCCUUCCAACUACUUUAUACCCUUGGAACACUGAUAACAUUGCCAUUGUUGAUGACAUCAUUCGUCGCUCAUACUGUAUUCCUCUUGUUCAUCUUUGUGAUGGUGUCUUGGAAUGGUGCCUGCUACUACUUUGAAGUGUUCAGCGAGAACUACAGCAAACGUUACAAAUCGGUCAUUGGAGAAAACCUUCAAACAUCGUCAUCGACCUCGACGUCUUCAACAUCGACAACAACUUCAUCAACUACUUCAACAUCAUCAUCAUCAAUGAUUACCUGCCACAAGCUGACGAUCAAAUCUGUAUAUUCCUUCACCAAGUUCUUUAUGGUCUUCUUGAUAGCGCUGCUCUUGUUCCUAAAGUUCAUUCUCUAG